GUUGUCGAGUUAACAUUGAAAUUUCUUGAAAAAAAAUUGAGAUUGUAAAAACUUAAAAUGUCGCUUCUUUCCCGUAUUCUGGUGGCCAGCAAGUCCUACUCCCGCGGCCUCAGGGUAACCGCGAGCAUCUGUGGCAAGGACGCAAAAAAGGGCAAUUCCAAGGAGGGAAAGUUCCGGAUGGAGAAGGACACCUUUGGGGAGCUAAAGGUGCCUGCCGAAAUGUUGUUCGGCGCACAGACGAUGCGCUCCAAGAUCAACUUUCCCAUUGGCGACAUUGGCGAGCGCAUGCCGAUGCCAGUGAUUCAGGCCAUGGGUAUACUUAAGAAGGCCUGUGCUGAGGUAAACAAGGAUUACGGCCUGGACGGCAAAAUAUCGGACGCCGUCUCCUGUGCUUGUGACGACGUAAUCUCGGGAAAGUUCUACAAGCGAGGUCACUUCCCGCUGGUCAUUUGGCAGACCGGCUCCGGCACCCAGACCAACAUGAAUACAAACGAGGUCAUCAGUAACGCAGCCAUUAAGGCGAUGGGCGGCGAGCUGGGUUCUAAGAAGCCAGUACAUCCUAAUGACCAUGUAAACAAGUCGCAGAGCUCCAACGACACCUUUCCGGCUGCCAUCCACAUCAGCGUGGGGAUGGAACUGAACGAGCGCCUCAUACCAUCGUUGACUCAUUUGCGGGAUGCUCUUAAGUGCAAGUCUGAGGACUUCAAGGACAUCAUCAAAAUUGGGCGUACCCAUCUGAUGGACGCUGUGCCUCUGACCCUGGGUCAGGAGUUCAGCGGCUACGCCCAGCAGCUAAGCUAUGGCUUGGACAGAAUCAACGGCUGUCUGCCGCGCGUGUACGAGCUGGCCCUUGGCGGCACAGCUGUUGGCACUGGUCUCAAUACACACAAGGGAUUCGCCGAGAAGGUAUCCAAGCGCAUUGCCGACCUCACAUGCCUUCCCUUCGUGAAGGCUCCGAACUUCUUCGAGGCUCUCGGCGCUCGAGAUGCCAUGGUAGAGGUGCACGGAGUACUUAACACGAUUGCUGUCAGCUUGAUGAAGAUAGCCAAUGAUAUCCGCCUGCUGGGCUCGGGUCCGCGCUGCGGUCUGGGCGAACUCAUGCUGCCGGAGAAUGAGCCGGGCAGCUCGAUUAUGCCUGGCAAGGUUAAUCCCACUCAGUGCGAGUCCAUUACCAUGAUCUGUGCCCAGGUUAUGGGCAACCAGGUGGCUGUCUCCAUCGGUGGUGCCACCGGACACUUUGAGCUGAAUGUCUUCAAGCCGCUGAUCGUGUCCAAUGUUCUACGCUCCAUACGUUUGCUGGCCGAUGGAAGUAAGAAUUUCAGCAAGAACUGCGUGGAGGGCAUCAAACCGAACAAUGAGCGCAUUGCGAAGAUCAUGAACGAGUCCCUGAUGUUAGUGACGGCUCUCAAUCCACACAUUGGCUAUGACAAAGCGGCUGCAAUUGCCAAGACUGCACAUAAGAACGGAACCACCCUGAAGGAGGAGGCCAUUAAGGCUGGCGUCACCGAGGAGCAGUUCAAGGAGUGGGUCGAUCCGAAGAAGAUGCUGGGCCCCAAAUAGUUUUCAUUUAUUCACAUUAAACUUAUCCGUUAGCUCCAAUAAAAGUCAAUUGCAAUCGAUA